UUUGACGGUGAGAUCAGGCAUGACUGUUGGAUUCUUCGGUGUCGGAAGAUAUCUCCAAAAGCUCAGGACGGUGAAUAUAUAUCAACUCGAUGUAAAUGAGGCUGUGCUGUUGCCCGCACACGAUUGGCUGUCUGCUGAGCGUGACUGAGCAUGCGCAAAAGACGUAUAUGUUUCUGGGAGCAGAUGUAUUUAGUGUUUCAGUGACUAAGUUACUGUAAGUGAUACAGUUGUAAACCUGUAUCAAUAUUAAACCAGUUGAAAAUGUUGUUAAGUUAGUAUUCGCUCGUGCAUUAUAUUAUGAGAAAAAAUAUGUGUGGGACAAGUGGGUGCGACGCCUCCCCCUGUCUUACAACCCUGGGCCUAAUGUCACCAUUGAUGAGCAGCUGAUGCCAUUUAGGGGCCGCUGCCCCUUCACACAGUACAUACCAUCGAAACCUGCCAAGUAUGGUAUAACGAUCUGGGCUGCCUGGGAUGCGACUUCCUCUUAUGCUUGGAAUUUACAAGUAUACACUGGUAAAGCUGAUGGAGGACGCCCUGAGAAAAAUCAAGGGAUGAGAGUUGUCCUGGACAUGGCUCAGGGACUCAGUGGACAUAAUAUCACAUGUGACAAUUUUUUUACAUCGUACAAGCUGGGACAGGAGCUUCUAAAGAGGAAGCUGACCAUGGUAGGAACGAUGAGAAAAAAACGGUCUGAGCUCCCUCCUCAAUUGCUGCCUACAAAGAACAGGCCUGUCAACUCGUCCAAGUUUGUCUACACGGCUGACACGUCCCUGGUAUCCUAUGUGCCAAAGAAAACCAAGAAUGUGGUACUCAUGAGUACACUGCACAGGGAUGGAAGAAUCUGUGGCCUGGAGCAUCAGAAACCAGAGAUAAUCAUGGACUACAAUGCCACAAAAGGAGGGGUGGACAACAUGGACAAGCUGGUGGCUGCCUACAGCUGCAAGAGGAGGACCCUACGCUGGCCACUGGUGAUUUUCUUUGACAUUCUGGACAUCUCGGCGUACAACGCCUUUGUCAUCUGGAUGGCAUUGAACCCAGAGUGGAACGGGGGGAAGCUCCAGAGGAGGCGCCUCUUUCUCGAGGAACUUGGAAAGGCACUGGUGAAACCACAAAUCCUGAGAAGACAGCAUAUUCCGAGAACCUCAGCCUCUGCAGCCACCUUGAGGAGGAUUCAGGAGGACAAUGCCAGUGCCCCAUCCACCCAACCUACAGAACCACCAUCUGCAGAGCCUGAGGUUGCGGCCGGCAGCAACAAAAAGAAACGCUGCGAAGUGUGUGGACCCAAGACGGACAGAAAGACGCAAUAUACAUGCAUCAAGUGCAAGAAGUACAUAUGCAACACACACACAGUAAAACUCUGCCACUCAUGUGUUGAAUAGGCUGGUAUGAAAAGG